AUGGGCCCCUGUACCGCCUCCUCAUGCUGCUGCCAGGCCCGUAAUCUGCCAUGGGCCCCCGUACCGACUCCUCAUGCUGCUGCCAGGCCCGUAAUCUGUCAUGGGCCCCUGUACCACCUCCUCAUGCUGCUGCCAGGUCCAGAGUGUGUCAUGGGUCCCUGUACGGCCUCCCAUUGCUGCUGUCUCCAUCGCCACACACUCUGCCAUGUGCCACUUUCAGGUCUCCUCACACUGCUGGUGGGUUCCAUUUUUUCAUAGGGUGCUGUAUGGCCUCCCAUUGCUGCUGCCUCCACCGCCACACUGUGGCUCCACACUCUGGUUUUGGCCCCGUGACUGCCCAAAUGAGUGAAGUGUGCGGUGAUUCUAAGAUCGACUGCACUCAUCUGCAUGUCAUACUGACUGACAGUAUUAUUUCUCUUCCCCAGCAGACUCCAAGGGCAUUUAAAUUAAAGGUACAGUGUUCUGCACUAAUAUAA